AUGCAGUUGGAGCGUCUUCGACAACAGGAGACUGAAGUGCGUUGGCUCGAUCCAGAUGAUGUUACCGUUUGCUUCGCCUGUAACAUUGAAUUUCCCUCUGGCCCAGUUGUUUCUUCACGUAAACAGCAUUGUCGCCACUGUGGCAAAAUCUUUUGUACAGAAUGCCUUCAGCACGUUGUUCCUUGUGGGCCAAAGUCUCGUCCAGCCUCUGUCUGUUCGGUCUGUCAUACGCUGCUAAACAAAAAUGUCGCACCAUUUUUCAGUAGUCCAAGUCCAAACGCCAUGGCAAGAACUAAUAUUUCUAUGCACAACAAUACGUCCCAGCCACUUCUAAACUCCUCUUUGGCCACUGGAUCACCUCAAGCUUCGAAUCCAUCCGGAUCCCAAAAACCUGUAGAUUCAUUUGCGACCCAGGCCUCGUUGCCAGUUUCCACUCUAAAACCUCAUCAACACAGGCAGCACUCCGGUGACACAAGUUCUCAUAUAUCUGAGUUCCAUCCCGAAUUUCCUAUUACAAUAUCUAGCUCGAAUUCGCCUGUUUACUCUAUAUCAUUGACGACCCAAGCAUUAGUUAAUGAACCUAAUCUAUCUCCCCUCAACUCAUCUACGCAAUGUGAUCAGCCAAAUUAUAGUAAUGUAAAUUUAACUCCUGCUGAUGAUAAAGUUUCUGAGGCAAAUAUUGGCUCUUCACCUUCAGACGAUGACGAAAAGUUGUUGUCAUGA